CUUAAAGCAGCCAGCAGGAUAAUUCUCACACGGCCGUCGGACAUUCCACAGCUUAUUUGGUGCAUAAGCGGACUUGUAAACUCUGCGUUGUGCAAACUUGGAUCAUCAGAUAUCACUGCUUGACGCUUUCACCUCAGUUCUCCCGGGAAAUUAUGUCGGACAAGCUGGGUGGCAAAACACAACUAGGCCCCAGCACACCAGAGUUCGGUGCACUAGAAUAUGAACUCCAGCUAGCUCUUGGCGCAAGCACGGCCCGCAUAGUUGCAGCUCAUUCUCUGUCAAAUCCGCAUUUAAACGUGCAAUUCGAAAAACGAUGCAAGGACAUGCUCGUUCUAUCCUCGUGGUUGGACGCCUCACAAUUGGCAGGUGUGAACACGGAGGACGAUGUCAUUCGCCGAGGAUUCCAAUUCCCCCCUGCACAGCAAGGCAUGAAGUUUUCAGUUGGCUCGCUGGCUGGUAAAGGUGUGUUGAAAGAUCGAAAAGGUGAAGGCAGGACCCUGCGCAAGGCAUUGUUGUGCCGAGUGGGUGUCGGGCGAGCUUAUGUGGCGGAUGAAGCAACGGCUGAAGCCAGCCCCAUUCCUAAUGGUUAUGAUAGUUUCUACUUGAGAGAACAGUCUGCCCCACGGGAUGGGAAAAAAUCGCUGGACGAAUACCAUCACGAAUACUACAUAAAAGAUACCGCACAGGUCGUACCCGUGUAUCUAGUCCACUACGACUUUGAUUUCAACAAGGAAAGACAGUCGCGAGAGAAAGCAAAAUGUGACAACUGUGAAGAAGAACAUGCCACUGUUUUCUGUAACGCCGAUGCCGCAAACCUUUGCAACAAAUGUGAUUCACAACUCCACGUUUCUAAGCUAGCCAGUCGCCAUGUUCGCACACCGAUCGGAAAGGGAUCAGACGUCUUCGGUCAUUGCCGUCACCAUCCCGAGAAGCUCAUUGAAUUCUUUUGUUCUCAAUGCCAUAUCCCUGUCUGUGUUUUUUGCAAGAUGGUAGGAAACCACGCGAAUGGCGAAGCAGCCAAGCAUCAGCUUGUUAGCGUGGCAGAAGCGUACACAACUGUUUUACAGGAAGCACAGACGCAUGACCCUAUUCUCCAAACCCGCCGCACGGAAAUCAAUAACCAAAUAGCUGCAGUCAACUCGCGAGCUAAAGCAGUUGAAAAAAUGGGAUCACAGAUCGAAGCCCAAAUCGAAGAGAUGUACAAACGAGCGAUGAAGGACCUGAAGAACAUCGUCCAAAAGAAGCUUAUCGUACUCCUCGGCGAUGAACUAGAGCUCGCCCGGCAAUUAGCCGAAAUAGACCGACUGGAAGAUUUCCUGAAAUAUCAACAAGAAGGCGACGCAACCACCUUCUUGUUCAACUGGUCGAAACACCAGCAAUGCCGUGCCAAUCUGCAUGAUUUUAGAUUUUUUCGGAAUGAGAUCGACGUUCAGCUGGAUGCAAAGGUCACAGGAAAUAUCAGUGUAAUCAUUGAUCAUGACCGACCGGCUGUAACUGGGGGGGAUGGACCACAUGGAGGCAAGAAACAUGGCAAAGGAGCGAGCACUAUAGGACCUGCAGGCGGUUUGGCGGGUAGUUUUGGAAUGGGAAUGCCCCGCAGUAAAUUGCAAGAACGUCGGGUACACAGAAGGAUAUCGGACUUCUUUGCAGAAACUCUGGGAAGUUUUGAUCAGAUAAGCACAUCUCGGGUUGAGGACGAUGCCGAUCGAUUUUCUCAGAUGUCCACGGCAGCUGAAACCUUUUGAUUAGAUGUAUAUUAUAGAGACAGCAUCCGUAAGGGUAUAGAAAUGCAUCGAUGUCAACCCA